UUUGUGUAGUUUUUCUCUUCUGUUCAUUAUUCUACUACGUCAUCCAAUUUUGAACUAUUCUUAGUUGUUACAAAAUCAACAUUUAUUUAGAAAGUUCAGUUUAAUUGAUCACCUCUUCGAAUUCUUCAAGCAACCUCAAAAUCUGCACUCUUCUCCUAGCUAGGAAAAGAGGCGAAGCUCUCGUAAAUGGCGGCCGAAAUCAGCGAAAACUUGCUGAUUAGAAACGUUGAAGAAGGAGGAGAUAAGAAGAGCUCAAUAAGUGACCGAAUAUGGAUUGAGAGCAAGAAAAUUUGGAUAGUGGCGGCGCCGGCGAUGUUUUGCCGGUUUACGACGUUUGGAACCGGCGUGAUCAGCCAAGCCUUCAUCGGCCAUGUCGGAUCGAAGGAGCUGGCCGCCUUCGCUCUCGUCUUCACCGUCUUCGUCAGAUUCGCUCAAGGCGUACUGCUAGGGAUGGCAAACGGGCUAGAGACGCUCUGCGGGCAAGCCUACGGGGCCCAACAAUACCACAUGCUCGGAAUCUACCUCCAGCGUUCGUGGAUCAUCUCGAUCAUCGCCUCCACGGUCAUCCUCCCCUUCUUCAUCCUGACGGCGCCUAUCCUCAAAGUGCUAGGCCAGGAGGCAGAGAUCGCUGACAUGGCGCAGGCGAUGGCCACGUGGAUGAUCCCGGUGGUGUAUUCGUUCGUCCUCGCCUACACCUGCCAGAUGUACCUGCAGGCGCAGAGCAAGAACAUGAUCAUCGCCUACCUGGCCGCUGCCUCGCUGGCCCUGCACGUCUUCCUGUCGUGGCUGCUCACGAUGAAGUUCGAGUUUGGGGUCACCGGGGCCAUGGUUUCCACGGUGGUCGCCUUCUGGCUCCCCAACCUCGGCCAGCUGGCGUUUGUCGCCUGCGGGGGUUGCCCCCAGACGUGGAGGGGGUUUUCGAUGCUGGCUUUUAAAGACCUCUGGCCCAUCUUCAAGCUCUCUCUGUCCGCCGGCGCCAUGCUCUGCCUUGAAGUGUGGUACUACCCUGUGAUUAUCCUUCUCACAGGAAACAUGACAAAUGCUGAGGUGGCUAUUGAUGCCCUCUCUAUAUGCCUCAAUAUUAAUGGUUGGGAAUUGAUGAUAUCUCUCGGUUUCAUGGCUGCAGCAAGUGUUCGGAUAUCGAACGAGCUCGGAGCAGGGAACUCGAAAGCUGCAAAAUUCUCGAUCGCGACGAUUGUGAUCACGUCUUUCAGCAUAGGAUUAGUGUUGUUUGUUGUGUUUCUGGUGUUUAGGCGGCGCGUGGCUUACCUAUUCACCGAUAGCGAGGAGGUCUCUGCGGCGGUGGAUCACAUGGGACCGUUGUUGGCCUUCUCCAUACUCCUCAACAGUGUCCAACCGGCUCUUUCCGGUGUUGCAAUAGGAUCCGGAUGGCAGGGUACGGUUGCAUGGGUGAACCUGACCACAUACUAUAUUAUUGGGCUUCCUGUUGGAAUUGUGCUUCUAUACUUCCUCGAUUGGGGAGUUGAAGGCGUUUGGAUCGGGAUGAUGAUAGGCGUGCUCAUUCAGUCUCUCGUACUAGUUUGGAUUACUUAUAGAACCAAUUGGGAGAACCAGGUGGAGGUGGCUCAAGGAAGAGUAAACAGAUGGCUCGUGAAAGAUGAACAAAAUUAAUGAUGUGGGAUUAGAGAUCCAAGGGCUUGAUGAAUGGUGGUUCCAGGAAAUGCUUAUGAUUUUUAAAUAAUACAGUAUUUUUUUGUAGUUUAUUAAUUCGAGAAUGCUAAAUAUGGAGUAUUAAUUAA